GAAAGACAUUAUGUUAAUUUAAACAAUUAUUUCUAAAUCGGAAGUACAUUGGACCAAACUGGUAACUAUACCAGCAUGUAACAUGAUGUAAAUUGUGUUCUGAUCAUAUAGACAACGUCGCUACCUAAAUUGUGUAGUUUCCAUAAAUAGUCACGUGUUCUUAAGCUGUCCACUCCAUUUGUACCAUGGGAGGAAUUAAAGAGUACGAUUCAGCAAAAAAUAUCUUGUAUAUAAAAAUCAGUGGAUCCGACGACCCUUUGGUGCACCAGGCCAAUCGAUUGGGAUGUUUGUUGAUUUUUUUAAAUGUCGCAAUAUUUUUAAGUACUCGAGGUUUGGCGAAGUCACCUAUGCAUUGCUGGUGUCCUGCACAAUUUCCUGGUUCGCAAGUAAGAUACAUCAACGACUACUGUUGGGUUAAGAAUACGUAUGUAGUAGAUUUCAAUGAAAGUUUAUCGACAGCUUCAAGCACGAAGGAGAUAAGGACAAUUCAAUACUAUCAAUGGUUACCUUUGAUCUUUGCUUUUCAAGCCUUAUUCUUUUACGUGCCUCGAAUGUUUUGGCUAGCAUUUAGUGGAUAUUCUUCUUUAAAUAUCAAGAAGCUCCUUCAAAUGACCGACAAUAUUACUUUUUCAUAUGGAAACGAUAGAAAUGAUAAAGUUAAAGUGACUGUACAGUAUUUACAAAAAUAUUUGAAAAUUCGAAACCGUCUUAACAUACAGAACAAAACAUGGGAAGGACCACGGGAACUUUUAGCAACGUACGGAUUCCACAAAGGAAACUUUUUGGUGUUUAUCUUUUUGAUGACAGCAUUGCUAUACGUUAUUUCAACUAUCGUACAAUUUUUUAUGGUAGAUGUUUUACUAGGAAUAGAUUUCAAAACUUUAGGUGUCGAUGUCUUGUCACGUGUGUAUAACGAUAUAACAAUUUUUGAUCAUCGAAGAUUUCCGAUCGUAACCUUUUGUGAUUUUGAUAUAAGACAAAUGACAAAUUUACAAAGGUGGACUGUACAGUGCUCGCUUCCAAUUAACCUGUACAGUGAUAUGAUUUUUAUAAUCGACUGGUUCAUUCUAGUUUUUAUGGCAAUCUUGAAUUUUAUCUACUUUAUAUAUCAUCUUGUCUCAACCAUACUGCCAUAUCGGGCAGAAAUGUAUAUUCGCAAAUUUAUGGAAAUGGACGGAGAUCGUGUAUCAAAAUACCAGAAGAUUCCUGAACAUGACCUUGAAAAACAAAGGGACUUCAUCCAUUGUUAUUUGCGGAGAGAUGGUGUUUUUCUGAUUUGGUUGAUGAGCAAUAAAGUAAAUCAAGUUUUAGCUGGAGAAAUAGUCAACAGCUUAUGGAAGAACUAUCAAUCAGAAUGAUUUCUUCCAAUUAAAAGACUUGAUAAAGAUUUGAAUAAAGCCAUAAUAUUGACCAAUCAUAAUUGAUUUUUAUAACUAUAAUUGACCAAUCAUAAUCGCUUAUUAUUAGUCUUUAGAUUCUGACGGAAUUAUUCAGACUUUUUAUGUUAUUUCAGUUAGUAUACUGUCAAUAUCUAUAACUAUUCUGUAAAUUUAACAACGAGUAUACAUGUUAUUAUAAUUAUAGCAUAUCACAUUCAAUGUUUACAUUUUAACACAAACAUUAAUUUUGCAUGUUUUGUU